AUGGACCUCUUCCCACGGCCUUCGCACGCCGACUAUACCUAUCAGAUGAAAUACGGAGUUCGUGCCUCCAGCGGUGGUGGGAGGAGCAGCGCAAGGGAAACUAUUGGACGAGUAGCAUCAGGUGCUAUAGCCGAGAAAAUGUUAAAAGAGGCGUAUGGUGUGGAGAUAGUAUCAUUCGUCUACUCUGUCGGUGAUGAAGAGCUGUUUCCGCCAACACCAAUGCACCCCUCUGCCGCCUCAAAUCCUACAUAUCUGAAGAUGCUCGAGACGAUCACAAGGGAAGAGGUUGACCGAUAUGUGCCAGUACGAUGCCCAAAUCAAGAGGCUGCGGAUCGAAUGGCCAAGAAGAUAGCCGACUUCAGGGAUAAACAAGAUAGUAUAGGUGGAACGGUAGUGUGUGUGAUUAGGAAUGCUCCCGUUGGUCUUGGAGAGCCAUGCUUUGACAAGCUUGAAGCUACACUGGCUCAAGCCAUGCUUUCUCUUCCAGCAACGAAAGGUUUCGAGUUUGGAUCGGGCUUUGCUGGUUGCACGAUACCCGGCUCUAAACACAAUGACGCUUUUGUCAAAGCUCCAGCUGUCCCGCCAUCAAAGUCGGGAGCAGACGCUGUGACUAAUGGCUCGCACGCAAAUGGAUCGACUGGAGAAUUGAAUGGUGUGCCCUCUGGUCAAUUCCCGGUACUGAAGACUCGAACGAACAACUCCGGCGGUAUACAAGGGGGUAUCAGCAACGGAGCUCCAAUUUACUUUCGUGUUGCUGUGAGUGAUACUCCUACGUUGUUUCAAGGUAGCCCUACGUUCUUUAGAAAUAUCAUUGACCGCAUUGCACAGUUCAAACCGCCCGCUACGAUCGGCCAAGCUCAGGAGACUUCGACCUUUUCUGGUACUGCAGGAACAUUAGAAGCCAAGGGGCGACAUGACCCAUGCGUCGUCCCUCGCGCCGUACCUAUAGUUGAAGCCAUGGCAGCAAUAACGCUUCUAGAUGCGUGCAUGGCACAGGAAGCGAGAAACGUGUUGAGGAAUAAGGUACCAUCAGGGGUGCCUAGGGAACAGGAGGAAGACGAAACUGCGGCGUACUAG